AUUUGUUCAUUUGUAUGUGUUAAUUGUUCGUCAUCCUUCUUAAGUGACUUCCUGGGCUGCAUUAUAAAAUAACCAUCGCUCCCUACUAGCAUGCGGGUAUAAAUCGAUCUGGCUUGUUUCCUGCGGACUCUUUACGUCGUUGCAACGCAGGAGUUUGCUCAGCUAGAUUGUGUUGUACAUAUUGCAUACAAGGCCUACUAUUAGAUUUGUUCAACCAUUUAUUCAAAUACAAGUAACACGAUGUUUGCUGGGCUUCCGGAGCUUGGAAUCUCCAAUGGUGAAGAUUUAAAAGAAACUCUUACCAAUUGCACGGAGCCUCUGAAAGCAAUCGACCAAUUUCAGAUGGACAAUGGCAUCCUUCUGCCAACACUUCAGUCUGCUCUUCCUUUCCUUGACCUUCAUGGAACACCUCGACUGGAGUUUCAUCAGUCUGUCUUUGAUGAGUUACGAGAAAAGCUUAUGGAGCGAGUCGCAAUGAUUGCAGAGGGCAAGGAGGAUGACAGGUAUGGAAAACUUGAAGAGUUGCUGGAUAAGAGUUUUCCACUUGUCAAAAUGCCAUCUAUCCAACCGGUGGUAAUGCAAGUGUUAAAACACUUACCCAAGGUACCUGAGAAAAAACUAAAGAUGGUCAUGACUGAUAAGGAAUUGUACAAGGUGUGUGCUGUGGAAGUGAAAAGGCAGAUCUGGCAGGACAAUCAGGCUCUGUUUGGAGAUGAAGUGUCACCCCUCCUAAAGCAAUACAUAGUGGAAAAGGAAGCGGCACUGUUCACCAGUGACCUUUCCAUUCUUCACAAUUUCUUCAGCCCUUCUCCUAAAACACGGCGUCAAGGCCAGGUGGUACUCAAGCUGACUCAGAUGAUUGGAAAAAGUGUAAAGUUGUACGACAUGGUACUGCAGUUUUUACGAACACUUUUUCUUAGAACACGAAAUGUUCACUACUGCACACUAAGGGCAGAGCUUUUGAUGUCACUGCAUGAAUUGGAUAUCAGCGAAAUCUGUUCCGUGGAUCCCUGUCAUAAGUUUACUUGGUGCUUAGAUGCCUGCAUUCGUGAGAAGUUUGUUGAUGGAAAACGAGCCAGGGAGCUGCAAGGUUUCCUGGAUGGAGUCAAGAAGGGACAUGAGCAAGUACUUGGGGACCUUUCAAUGAUCCUCUGUGACCCAUUUGCUUGUAACACCUUGGUCUUGAGUAUCAUGCGGAACCUACAAGAGCUGCUCAGUCAGGAAUCUUUACCCAGGGACAGCUCAGACCUAAUGCUCCUACUAAGAAUGCUGUCUCUGGGUCAGGGUGCAUGGGACAUGAUUGACAGCCAAGUCUUUAAAGAGCCUCGUUUGGACUUGGAUGUUGUGACUCGCUUUCUGCCAGCCAUGAUGUCAGUGGUUGUUGAUGACCACACCUUUUCUUUUGAGCAAAAGCUUCCCAGUGAAGAGAAGAGCUCCCUGCUGUACCCAACCACCCUACCAGAUGCAUUUAACAGGUAUCUGCAAGAAAAUAGAGUGGCUUGUGAAAUGGGUCUUUACUAUGUCCUCCACAUUGCCAAACUACGGAACAAGAAUGCCUUGCUGAGGUUACUGCCUGCUCUAGUUGAGACUUACAAUGACAUGGCCUUUAGUGACAUCUUCCUCCACCUACUGACUGGUCACCUUACCCUGCUGUCUGAUGAAUUUCGUUUAGAGGAGUUCUGCUCUGUUGUUUUCGAUGGCUUCCUUCUUACCUCUUUUUCAAGUAAAGAAAAUGUACACAGACACACACUUCGUAUAUUGCUGCACUUGCAACCAAAAGUGGUGCCAAAGUACAUGGAAAGCUUAAUCAGAACACUGGAACCUCCAAAGCAGUGCAGCGAACCCAUAAAGAACCUUUACACUCAGCUUACAGAAAGAUUUGAGGCCCAGAAGACGAGUCCUUCACCUCCAGAUGAAACUCCAGCUAUGGAACUAGGAAUCCAUUCAGUCAAUGUACCCCCUACACCAGCCACACAAUUUUGAGACUUAUAAUGAGAAAUUAUAAGUCUCAAAAAGAAAAUACAGUUGUUUUUUUUUUUUGAAGGAGUAGUUAUGUUAUGUGUUGUGUUAGUGUGUUUAUAAGGACAUGGGGUCAGUUUGUUUGACAUUUUGCUAUCAACUGCCAAAAGAUUUUUUCACAGGCCCUUCACUAUUUCUCAUGUUGGUACCUAAAAAAAGUGUGAUUAAAAUAUUUCACAAA